GCUGAUGCAACAUUGCACGGGCAUAUAAACACGGCCGACGCGGCUCUCAACUGCGUUCAUUCUACACUCACAAGCAAUGGAUGAAAUACUACAACCUAAAACCAAGGUAGCUGGAGUAGCGGAGAAUUACAAAGAAGAAUGGUCUAUACACCCGCUCUUGUGCUGGGACCAGGGAUGUCCGGUGAAGAGGAGACAGUUGGAGACUUUUUAAGAAAGUUUGUCCAGCGAUUCGUCGCGGAUGAAAACGCCGGGCAGCAAACCGGCCGUGGACUCAAGAAAGCAAUGAGCUCCUCGAGUCUAGGAUCAGACUGCAGUUUCGAGGAGGAAGGGGAAGAGCGAAGACUCCAACUUGACCUGAUCCGUCGAAUUGAGAGCUGUUUGUCCUGUGCCAAGACAGCCAGUCUCAGGUGUCGUCAGCUGUUACUUCCCCGGCGAAUGAUCCCUUCCAUCGCACAAGACAUCCUCGCCGCUUCCAGCGACGAACCGUGCGGGCUCCGUGGCGCACUAAUCCAUGUGUUCCUUGAGGCCAAAGGCACUCUUCAGAAAGUUGGCACCGUCAUCCCUGCCGAUAGCCUCACGCCGACAUUUGAGCUUUCUGUUGUUCUCAGACCAGACCAGGAGGGAUGGCCACCUCUCAGGAACCUAUUCGGGACCAACAACGUUAUGCGCCUCCGACCAGACUACCGACUCGUCAAGCAGAAACUCUACUCCUCUGCUAGUCCCAUCAUUCAAGAGCACAGCUCUUGGUUCUAGACGUUUAAGACGUUCUAGACGUUUUGGUUCUUCUCAUUUGUUUAGUGUUCUACGUUUUUAUUCUUUGCACAUUUCUUUGUAGGCUACGUCACAUUAUUGCACACACCUUACUUUAUUGCACAACCACUGUGGGCCCAAUGAUGAUUGAGAUUAGUUUGUGAUUACAUAGUCUUGUCAUUGUGGAUAGGCUUCUGAAUAUGCCAAUUAAGUACGCAAAAUGGAAUUAAGUUGCAUAUGGAUGGACACUGGAAUGUAUUGAAUGUAGCACUGAUAAGAUGGAACACUAGUAGUCUAUGACAAUCAGCAGGGUCAGUCAGAGCCUAAGUGUAAUUUUUAUUCAACUUUAUUCUAGCUGAUUAGUAAGGACCACAAACACUAUUAGGUCAUGGGCUUUUUCAUUGCAAAACUGGGCCCUACUCCACUAUUGGAAAUGCUAUGUUAAAACGACUGUGAAGAAUGUUUUGUCAUUGACCAUUGGAAAGCAAUGUUUAGUCUGCGCUGUUUUGAGUGUUUCAUUUGAUGGUUUUGCUGUUCUUUUGAAGCUGAUGGCUUAUUAUGUGGUGAGCAAGCUGGUCUUGACCUCACAUGUUUUUGAUAUGUUUUUGUUUUUUGUUACGUCAGAACUCAUGUGAGUGUUCCUUCUGAAAAUUUGUCUUAAAAAAUAAAUAAAUGGAAAUACAAUUCCAGAUGAAUGAAA